AUCAAGCCCAGUAAGAAUUCGGCGUGCAGUAAGCAUUCCCCUAGAUAAGGCACCACCCACUUCUGCUUUUCCAUGGAUGUUAUGCGACCAAGUCGAUCAAGAUUCUAAGCAACUUUCACCUCAUUGUUCUUUUUGCCUCCAAGAAAGCCCUCCUCACCCCGCCAGCGACCUUGGAUUAUAAUAACGAGCAGGCCGAACUUAGGCUAUCAUAGGAUUGGCCGCAAUUUCCAGUGAAUGGCGAGCAAGAGUUGUGCUGUGGCAGCCCGUAGCAUAAACAUGAACAAUCUUGGAGCACCGCUGGGACGUUAUGGAGAAAACGACAAAGACGCGUUUGCGAAUCCACCUUCGAAGAAAGCAUGGGAAGACAUCGAACGGUCGUGCGCGCUGAUGGACUCGAGCAACCUGCAGAUCGACGGCAUAGAUCUCACGGAUCUUCUCGAGGACGAUUCCGAGCCUCAACCCGAAGACGCCAACUCACUAUCUGGCGUGGACCAAUCGUCAGAGCGGCUUCGAGCUGCUUCCGCUGCUCUCGCCGCAUUACACGUGUCCCCGGAUCAUUCCGCUCCUCAUGCCGCUGCCACCGCGGGACAGCCAUACGGAGGAAGCUUCAAGGAACGCUCCGCGCAGCGUUCUAUGGUUGGCUCUCCGCCGCCGCCUAAUGCGGUGCUGCGCGGUUCUGUGGAUCCUUUCCUGACGAAGUACCGGCUAGAUACGCACCAGACGAGCCAUAGCUUUGGCGGAACCCCCUCUACGGCCGAAGGGCUUCCCUACAGCGGCCCAAAUAGCAGCAGCAGCUACAGCGCUUCGGGCCUUGGAUGGAACGGCGGCGGUAACCCUGUUACCAGCCCGACCCGGAGUGAUAAGAACGGCAGCCCGAGCGGGAGUCCCAGCACCCUGCGGACUAGGUUCGGGAUGGCCAAACCUCAAACCUCCGUAGCCGAAGCAGGUUCGGUGGCUAGUGAGCGGACGGGGGAGAGGGGAGAGGCGUCCGAUGGCGGGAGGGAUGGGGGGAUGGAGGGGGGUGCAGACAGGAAGUGGAAUGCGCAUGAGAUGGCAAUAGCAGGGUCACCUGUGAGGAACGCUGCACUGUCGAUACGAGUGAGGGCUGGAGCCAACCCGGCUGCUGUGGAGGCUUACUUGAGGAUCAAGGCGCAGCGAGAAGGGAUGACUGCUGCUAGGGUUGUGCGGAAGUAAAUUUCGCAGUGGGAAUGAGUUUGUGUGGCAGUGAAGUUUCGUACUGGCUCCUGUCUGUAAAUAAAAUAAUGGACUUCUGUCAUGUAUUCUAAUCAACUCGUGACGAAUGGUUAGGCAUCUCGUGAAUGCAGGAAAGAAGUCUACCA